CCCCGAGUAAGAUCACCAUGACAUCUCACGACCUGGACGUGUUAUGGCUCGCCUAUGAACCGAUAGGCGAUACAAGGCUUCUUGGAAUGAACGAGCUACAUACCUCUUAACCUGCCUAUGUAGAGUGCCAUGGAGGGAGCCCAGCGACCAAAAACUGACCAAAGGCGCCGUCGGCCUACUCUUGCUUGUGUAAGCUGUCGCAAGUCUAAGAUUCGCUGCGAUCGCAAGCAUCCUUGCGGCGCGUGUGUUCGUGGGCGGCACAAGACGUGCGUCUUUGAAGACACAGCACGCUCAACCGCCCGGAGAUCGGGGAUAGCGUCUACCGCAGCCGACCCAGCUGGCACUGCCGAGACCGAGCGGCGUGGUCCCGUCACGCCAGCAUCUAGCGCAUCCACAGCACUGAACCACGAUCAUGUGUCUCCUGUGCCUGGCUCGGAUUCUGGAAACCAACCUGCGCCGCUUCUCGACGUGGGUGCGUUGCUGAAGAGAUGCUUCGAGCUCGAACGCCGCCUCGAGGAAUCGACGGCGGCCAAGGAGCCACCGGAAAGACGCGAUCAACAAAGUCCUAGCCCGGAAGGGCCAGCUAUUGACUGUUAUCUGGCUGUUGAUAUCCAUUCGAUGAGUCGGGGUGUUUUUUCCAAGACGCGCUGUUUUGGCCAGAGUCACUGGAUGAACAUCAUAGUACAUUUUAAAUCAAUGCUCGAACUAUUCGAACAUCAGUCCAGGGACGCCAAAUCCGAGGCCGUGGCUGUCCUGAAUCGAUGCAAAGCCCUUGGGCGAUCGAUCAAGGCACAGCGCUACCCUGGCAUCAUCAACAAGUUUGGAACAAAAAUGCCUACUAGGGAUAUUGCAGACAGGCUUGUGGAUGGUUACUUACGGUCCAUCGAGACAAUCUUCCGGGUUCUUCACGUACCGACGUUCAAACGUGACUAUGAACGGUACUGGGCGGCCCCUGAUACGGUCGGGUUAUCCUUCGUGAUCCAGCUACAAUUAGUCAUGGCCAUUGGAUGUACCCUCUACGAUGAUUCUUUCUCUAUGCGCAAUUCGGCAGUGCAGUGGGUAAUAGAGGCACAAUAUUGGCUUCUGGGUCCUCCAGCUAAGGGAAAGCUGACGAUUACUGGUUUACAAAUAAUGGCUCUCCUUACAAUAGCGAGGGAGACAGCCUCUGUUGGCGGGGACUUGGUUUGGAUCCAUGUGGGAUCGUUAUUACGAAGCGCCUUCUGCAUGGGGCUUCAUCGCGAUCCCAGUCGGCUCCCAAAGAUGUCCCGGCUAGAUGCAGAAAUUCGCCGGCGACUCUGGAAUACGAUUUUGGAAUUAGAAUUGAAGACAUCUGCUGACGCGGGUGGCUUUCCGACAAUUUCACCCGAAACAUCAGACACUAGAGCCCCAGCUAAUUUAGACGACACGGAUCUGAUGAAAGACGAUGAAUCAAGUGAUCCUGAAGCAGGCGACAGGUUCACGGAUAUGAGCAUUCCUCUCGCUUUACGAGACAGCUUUCGCGAUAGACUUGCAAUCUAUCAAUGGCUCAACGCUACACCAUUUCGAGGAACGUACGAAGAUACAAUUCAAUUGCAUCGCCGUUUCAUGACGUCCUUUAAGGGUCUAAUGAAGCGACUCAAGAGCUAUCCGCAUUCCGGACGACAGCCAACUGCAUUUCAGUGCAGGUUCAUCGAGAUAAUGGCUCGUCGUUGCCUGAUCGGCUUGCAUCUCCCCUGGUUUGGUGCGGGACUCAGAGAGCCUGCCUUCUCUUUCUCUCGUAAAGAGGUCAUCGAAUCCGCUGUCAAGUCGUAUCACUUAAUAUUUCCUUCCUCAGCUACCAAUCUCAGUUCUACAACGCCGCUCGUCAACAGCGGAGCAGAUUUGGAAACAUUAUCAACAGAAGGGAAUGACUUGGCUCGGUUUGCAGUUUGUGGCGCUGGCAUUUGGAGGCUCGUCGCCAGUCAAGCAUCUAUGAUCAUUCUCCUCGAACUGCAGACAACAUUGCAAGAGGACGACAGCAUAGGGCCGCCCACACCACGACCUGACCUGCUUAAUAUCAUACGGCACUCUCUUCCCUUGUACCUCUCUCGUAUCAAAGCUGGCGAAACUAACGUAAAGGGAUACCUGUUUGGUGUUGCUCUAGCAGCCUAUGUGCAAGCAUUAAUGGACGGUCUGGACGGCCCAAAGACCACUGAGCCAAUCCUCAGCGCAGCCAAGAAAACAGAAAAGAUAUGCUUUGAUCUUCUGAAACAACAACUUGCAUCAGCAGAGUAUGCAAACUCCAACGGCAGCGAGAACCAAUUCGAUUGGGACUCGCUCAUGACGACGGACGAGGAAUGGACGGACCACUCGAUGAUGGGAGCUUUCUUUGAGGUCUCAAGCGUUGAAGGCUUCUUAGGCUCAAACCUCGGCUUCGACUUCAUGUCGCCUCCUAUGCCUUUCUGAACUUGAGAUAUGAAAUGUUCGCCUCAUCAACAACCGCUUUGACUGUAAAAUAUCUAAAAGCUUCUUGGCCUAUGAACGACUUGUACACACACCAAAUCGCAACCGCCUCGUGGCCUCGGUUUCACCCUAUACUAUAACACAUGUUUCAUUAGCUGUCACCGGAGUUGGGUGUUGCAAAGGACAACAUUAUACAUAAUUGGCGCUACAUAUAGGAAUCACUUGAGUCGUAUGUAUGCUUUCGGCAAGCCUGCCGGUAAUAGACCGUAUAGCAUACACCACGUAAGACAUACAUAAGACUUAAAGAAUAUACCGUCCUCUUUACUGUAAUUGAACUAGUUCUCCAGCGUUUGCUCUCGCGUUUAUGUAGAGUCGCGAAGGAGCUAUUACAUCACACGAAGUCGAGACCCCGAGACAAAGAGCCGACCCCAAUUCGGGGUUGGCUGGAG